AUGGCAACAAAUGCAGUGGAACAAGACGAAGAGCGUGAUCAGAUCUCUCAAAGUCUCCUACCGACAUCUUUCGCGUGCUCGUCUUUGAGUCGACUUUCCGGUGGCACUGCGAAUUUCGUAUAUCGGGGCAUAUUAUCCGGAUCCACAAAAUCCAUCAUUAUCAAACAUACCAAAGGACAUUCUGCCUCGAAUCCGAACUUCAAGAUUGAUAGUAAGAGAUGUCACUUUGAAGUGGCCAUUCUUCGCGCACUGAGUGGUCUACCGCCCUAUUCUGAGGCUGGUGUGACUGUCAAAGCACCUGAACUUCUGAAUUUUGAUAUAGAUACAGAUACGCAGAUCGUUGAAGAUCUCCCUGGCUCUGUUGAUUUGAAGACCUUCCUGCUUUCAAAUGUGUCGAGUGAGGUGUCCGAAUCCUCGGCUGAAGCCCUCGGUCGCGCGCUCGGAUCCUGGCUGCGAUCUUUCCAUGACUGGGGCAACAGCAAAGAUCAAUUGAGAUGCAAGGCAACACUCAGCGAAAAUGAAAGUAUGAAACAACUCAAAUUCUGGGUGAAUUACACAAUGUUGAUUGACACGAUUGCGAAUUUUCCCGAUAUUCUUGAUCAGAGUCGCGAUGUUUUUGAACAAGUUCGCGACUUCGCUGCGACCGAGUUGACGAAACAGAACCAUGGCGAUGAAUUUGGAAUCAUCCAUGGAGAUUUUUGGACUGGAAACGUUCUCAUUCCCAACGUUGCGAUUGGCAGUCACUUCGACACUACUUUGUUUGUUGUUGACUGGGAGCUGGCGCAAGUUGGCAGCCGGGCCUUAGACCUCGGUCAGAUGAUCGCUGAACUAUACGAAACGAAACUUUUCAAAGAGGCUGAAGCUGGCGUUUGGAUCAUUGAAGGGCUCCUUCAAGGAUACGGCGGUUUGAGUGAUGAAAUGGCAUUCCGCACUGCAAUCCACGUUGGUGUUCACCUGAUCUGUUGGGGUAGUAGGGUGCCCGGAUGGGGUAGCAAGGAUCAAAUUGAAGAGGUUGUGAAGAUUGGCAAUAAUAUGGUUAUCGGAGGCUGGACGAAGGACAAACAAUGGUUCGAGAGCCAUGGACUUGGCUUCUUUUUCAGGAAAUGA